UGGUGGAUACUUGGCAGAGUAGGCUUGGGGCCUAAGGGCCCUGGCGGCCCUAGAGACCACCAUGGCCAUGGCUGAGCAGCUACAGCCUGGGUGGGCCUUGUAUCACAGUCCCAACAACAACAACUGCCAGGACGUGGGCAAUUCCAUCCUACUGCUACUAGGCCUCAUCAUCUGCAUUAAUAUCGGCAUCAAUAUGGUGACCCUGCUCUGGGGCCGAGUCCGUGUCAUCUUACGCCGAAGGUUCCAUAUCAUUUGUGAGAAAGAAACUGCUAAGUCAUCCUCACCUGGGAAGCCAACCAAGCUGAAGAAGCAGAACUCCCCUGCAGUCCAUCUUCGAUGCACCAUGGACCCUGUGAAAAUGACCAUGACCCCCCCGCCCACUCGUCGUCGUCGUCAUCGCCAUCAAGCCUCGCCAUUGUGCUGUGCCUGCCACCAACUAGCUUGGACCCCUGAUACUGAGGUUGAAAAGCCCCCACAUCAGAACCCAACAAUCUGUUCCCACCACUGGGAAGGUCCCAAAGACUGGGAAGGUUUCCAAUCCACCCCAGAGCCCUGGGAUUCCUGGACUCAGGACACUCUGGAGCCAGUUCCCCAUACUAUCCGCUUCCAGAAAACUGUAGAGAGAAAGCCACUCAAAUCAGAGAUCCGGUCAGAACAGAGCCUAGAGGCCUAUGUAUACCCGGUGAACCCCUCACCUCCCUGUGGGGAAGCUGUGAACCACAAGAACACUGGGGCAGGGGCAGAGGCUGAGGCCACACAGAGCCAGGCUGCCCCACCACCCUUCCUGGGCCCAUCAAUCAUCCCUGAAAUCCCUCGGCGACAUUCCUCAGCCCGAGUAGUGUAUGAUGCCCGAGACGUGAGGCGGCGGCUUCGGGAACUGACCCGGGAAGUGGAGGCCUUGUCCCACUGCUACACCUUUGUGUCUGGAUCCAACGCUGCUGAGGGGACAGGCAAGGACUGGGUGUAUCGUUCUGUGGUGGGGAGGUGACGGGAAAAAAAUAAAAAGGAGAGAGGAGGUAGUUCAUGGUGGUGUGUAGGG